GGCAAUCUUCAAAUUAUUAAGAAAUUUCAUAAAUUCCAGAACAAUUGAAAAGAUUCAGCAAAGAUAAUUUUCAAAUGAGUACAUGAUUCUCAUAAGUUGGAGAUCCAAAUUCAAUUAAAUCAAAAGAAGAAGAUUUCUUGAUAUCUUGCUGUCGACAACACCAAAUUGGGCUGAAUUAGAGUUAGCGAUUUAGCGUGCUGGUUGCGGAAGUUUCAGAGGAGAGAGAAAGAGAAAGGUUCUCUAUUAGUGCUGCUUCAUGGGUGACAGUAUUCAAAUCAGUCAAAACUUAAUAUGUCAGAUUAUCGAUGACAAUGACAAGUCAAAGAAAAAGCCGAAGAAAACUAAGCCAAAGGUACCAAGGGAGUCUCAGAAGUCGCAGAAGAAGGUACCUCAGAAGCAGCAACUUCCUGACGAGUCUAAAGCUCAAAAAGAAACUCCAUCAGCUGGAUGGCCUCUUCAACCUCCAUUCUUUAUGCCCGUCGUGCCUCCGUCCACAAAUCCAGAACUGGAAGCAAUUCGAUCUGUUUUAAAGGAGAGUGAAGCUGUUUUGGAGAAAAUGCAGAAACACGAAGAGAACAUGCUGAAACAAGUGACACAGAGAUCAAAGGAACUACAUGAGAAAGAAUUCAAGCUUCCUCAGCAGAAAUCUAUUGUCUGUCAGUCUGAGAGAGAGGCAUGUUCGGCAUGUUACAAAGAGCACACCAAAGAUUCACUCAAAUGCGCUAAUUUGGUCCGAAGUUAUCAAGAUUGUGUUCGGAAAGCAAAAAACCUAGGGAAAUUGCUCUAGUUGAAUCAUUUUGAGCAUCUCCAGUUUUACUUGUAUGUCGACAGUAAGUUGAACUGAAUAUUGUUAUCUACAAUGCCAAAAUAACCCCGUCUUUUUGUACUUAUUUCUGACUAAUUGGGACUUGAUUCAACAUUUUGGCCCACGGGAUUGUCAAAACCUUUAUGGUUAAUGGCUAAACAUGUACAACUUGCUAAGGAAGGAUUUGUUUUGAGGGA